AUGUCGGGUCGCACCACCGAGGAUAGCAUCGAUCUUUUCGAAUAUCUUUGUAUUCGAAUAAAGGAAAUCGGGGUCAAAUCAAUUCAUGGAGUUCCAGGAGACUUCAACUUGGUGGCUUUGGACUAUGUGGAAAAAUGCGGCCUAAAAUGGGUUGGGAACUGCAACGAACUCAAUGCUGGCUACGCAGCAGACGGAUAUUCCCGCAUCAACGGGAUGUCUGUGUUAAUGACUGUUAUGGGAGUUGGAGAGCUCUCCGCAAUCAAUGCUAUAGCUGGAUCAUUUGCUGAAUAUGUCCCCGUGAUUCAUAUUAUCAGCAAACCAACCAAAGAUUCACAGAAAAGGGGGCUUUGCAUGCAUCACACUCUGGGUGAUGGGGACUUCACAGCUUUUGAGGAGAUGAGCAGCAGAGUUUCUUGUAUGACAGCGAGCAUUGAUUGCCCACACAAGGCGUCUAGCUUAAUUGAUGAAGCAAUCCGGCAAUGCUGGAUACAAAGUCGACCUGUUUCAAUCUUUGUUCCUUCUGAUAUGGUUCGUAUUCCAAUCGCAAGGCACACGCUAAGCAGUGGUCCACCGUUGAGCCGUACUAUGCCACAAAACGAUAUACAUCAGCAAAGCAGAUUGGUCGACUUGGUGAUAGAUGCAGUUCGGAUGGCGACUAAUCCUGCAGUGUUAGUGGGCGGUUAUGGUACCUUACACGGCGUGGAAUACGAGCUUGAAAAUUUCUUAGCCUCAGUCGGGCUUCCUAUUUUGGCCGCAGCUUCCGGGCUUGGAGUGGUGAACGCAACCCUGUCCAACUAUGCUGGGCUUUAUGUGGGCAGUUUAUCAAGCCCCAAUGUUCUUGAGUUGAUGCAUUCUGUUGAUCUUGUGAUUUCAAUUGGAAACAUUCAGUCUGAUCUGAGCACCUCAGCCUUUGAUGGAAUUUUGGACCAAACGAAGUUGAUUGAGAUCCAAAGAACUAAGACCAAAGUGAAGGGCCAAGCUUUCUAUAACGUCUUCAUUGAUGGUGUACUUACGGCACUGACUGAAAGGUUGAGCCAUGGCCAGUUGCCUUUCCAUGGCACUGCCUAUGUUGAGUCCACUCAUCCGUGUGAAGCCCUUGAUAAUAUUGGUGCUAAAAGCGAGGCGAAUUUGCCUUUUGGAAAAAGAAGCAAUAUGCAGAGCUUGGAAAAACAACUUUUCAGCUUUUUUCGAAACCCGACGAAAUGUCUUCAGCUGUUAUGGUAUAUCAAGUCACCGCGUAUGCUUCGAAGUGUGUCUAAGAGGCAGAAACUAAUUACGCAUGAUUGGUUCUGGAAUAAUCUAGGAGAAUGGCUUCAAGAAGGAGACAUCAUUUUAGCAGAAACAGGUACGGCAAGCUUCGGAAUAUGGAGCACGACGCCUCCCCCGCACUGUACAUUCCUCGCGCAGUACUUGUGGUCUAGCAUCGGAUACACUAUUGGUGCUUGUCAAGGAGCAGCCCUAGCAGCACGGGAUUCGCAUUCCUCACAAAGACGUACUAUCCUGUUCAUUGGGGAUGGAAGUUUCCAAUGUGGAUGCCAGGAGCUAAGCACAAUCAUCCGCCAAGGGUUGAAACCUAUAGUUGGUUACACUGUGGAGCGUUUGAUACAUGGCGAGCAGCAGGGUUACAACGACAUUCAGCCAUGGAACCAUAGCCUUCUUCCGGCGGCGUUCGGUGCAGCACUAGGGACUUACCAGACUCACCGCAUCGAGACAAGAGAACAUCUCCAAUCCCUUUGGAGCGACAAAAAAUUCGCCGACUGUUCAGCUCUUCAGCUCGUCGAGCUGGUUUUAUCUCAAAAUGAUGCACCAUCCAAUCUGAUUAAGCUGGCCAGAUCAUUGCAGGAGAGAAAUGUUGGGCAAAUCCCCAACCCUUGCAUGGCCCAAUUUGUCAGGAUUGAUGCUCGUAUGUGCGGAGUGGUUACACGAUAG